AUGACUGGCUCCGCGGCCGACACUCACCGCUGCCCCCACCCCAAAGGCGCCAAAGGCACCCGGUCCCGGAGCAGCCACGCGCGGCCCGUGAGCCUCGCCACCAGCGGGGGCUCGGAGGAAGAGGACAAAGACGGCGGGGUACUGUUUCACGUUAACAAGAGCGGCUUCCCCAUCGACAGCCACACCUGGGAGCGCAUGUGGAUGCACGUGGCCAAGGUGCACCCCAAGGGGGGAGAAAUGGUGGGCGCCAUCAGGAACGCCACCUUCUUGGCAAAGCCGUCAGUACCCCAGGUUCCGAACUACAGGCUGUCGAUGACGAUCCCAGACUGGCUCCAGGCAAUCCAGAACUACAUGAAGACACUACAAUACAAUCAUACAGGGACCCAGUUCUUUGAAAUUAGGAAAAUGAGACCGCUGAGUGGGUUAAUGGAAACAGCGAAAGAAAUGACUCGGGAGUCCUUGCCUAUCAAAUGCCUGGAAGCUGUCAUCCUGGGCAUAUACUUAACCAAUGGACAGCCUUCCAUCGAGCGAUUCCCCAUCAGCUUUAAAACCUACUUCUCAGGAAACUACUUUCACCACGUUGUGCUGGGGAUUUAUUGCAAUGGCCACUAUGGCUCACUGGGCAUGAGCCGAAGGGCUGAGCUGAUGGACAAGCCGUUGACCUUUCGGACUCUGAGUGACCUCAUCUUUGACUUUGAAGACUCCUACAAGAAGUACCUGCACACAGUGAAGAAGGUCAAGAUUGGGCUGUAUGUCCCCCACGAGCCUCAUAGCUUUCAGCCCAUUGAGUGGAAGCAGCUGGUCCUCAAUGUCUCAAAGAUGUUGAGGGCUGACAUAAGGAAGGAGCUGGAGAAAUAUGCCAGGGACAUGAGAAUGAAGAUCCUGAAACCUGCAAGUGCCCAUUCUCCAACCCAAGUGAGAAGCCGGGGGAAGUCCCUGUCCCCCCGAAGGAGACAGGCGAGCCCCCCGAGACGGCUCGGCAGGAGAGACAAGUCGCCUGCACUGCCUGAGAAGAAGGUGGCUGACCUUAGCACGCUGAAUGAGGUGGGCUACCAAAUCCGAAUUUAG